AUGUUCGCGUCCAGCUUCCGCACAGCAACCCGCUCAAAGGCGCUCAAGCCUUCUGUCGCCAACCAGCGCCGCAACCUCAGCAUCCACGAGUACCUCUCGAUGAACCUCCUCAACCAGUACGAUGUACCGACCCCCAAAUCAAAGGCGGCAUUCUCGGCGAGCGAGGCAAAGGAGGUCGCGCAGAACUUCGGCGCCGACAAGCUCGUCAUCAAAGCACAGGUGCUCGCUGGCGGUCGCGGAAAGGGUCACUUUGACGGCCCGAACGGUCUCAAGGGUGGUGUCCAGAUGGUCGACUCCCCGGAGCAGGCGGAGAAGUACGCGUCUCAGAUGAUCGGCCACAAGCUCAUCACCAAGCAGACGGGCGCCGCGGGCCGCAUCUGUAACGCUAUCAUGCUUGCCGAGCGACGAAACCCCACGCACGAGUACUACGUCGCCAUCCUCAACGACCGCGGCCUCGGCGGUCCCGCCCUCGUUGCGUCUCGUCAGGGCGGUAUGAACAUCGAGGACGUUGCGCGCGACGACCCUUCGGCCAUUGUCACCACCCCCAUUCCCUUCGAGGAGGGUCUCUCAAAGGAGCUCGCUUUGGACAUUGCCAAGAAGCUCGAGUUCAAGCCCGAGUCGCAGGAGAAGGCGGCCAACAUCUUCAUCAACCUGUACAAGCUCUUCAAGGAGAAGGACGCGACCCAGGUCGAGAUCAACCCGCUUGCCGAGGUCGAGGGCGGCGAUGUGCUCUGCAUGGACGCGAAGUUGGGCUUUGACGAGAACGCCGAGUUCAGGCAGCAGGACGUCUUCAAGCUCCGCGACCUGACGCAGGAGGCGUCGUCCGAGGUCGAGGCGGCCAAGUACGGCCUCAACUUCAUCAAGCUCGACGGCUCGAUCGGCUGCCUCGUCAACGGCGCCGGUCUCGCCAUGGCCACCAUGGACGUCCUGAACCUCCAGGGCGGUUCGCCCGCCAACUUCCUCGACGUCGGUGGAGGAGCGACGGCCGAAGCGGUCAAGAAGGCGUUCGAGCUCUUGCUUGCGGACGGCGCUGUCAAGUCGAUCUUUGUCAACAUCUUUGGUGGCAUCAUGCGCUGCGACGUUAUCGCCGAGGGCAUCAUCAUGGCGGCGAAGGAGUUGGAGAUGACCAUCCCCCUCAUCGUUCGCCUGCAAGGCACCAAGGAGCAGGAGGCCAAGGAGCUCAUCCGCAACUCGAAGAUGAAGAUCUUUGCCUACGACAACCUUGACGAGGCCGCUGCCGCUGCCGUCAAGGCCGCCCAAUAA